AUGCGCUUUGGAUUAACGAGUUCCGAGAUAAAGGAAGAACAGAGUGGCGAUAUGUGGCGUGAUCUCGCAGACAGUGGAUUCGAGUGUGAGCUAUGCAACGAGCAGUACGAUGAUAAUGAUGGGGAGAAUGGCCAUAUUCCACGCCUUUUGACGUGUGGCCAUACUUAUUGUCAGAGUUGCUUAGAUGGUUGGGCUACAGCUGGUACGACGAAUAUGGGCACUCAAACUGGAGAAUUGGAAUGUCCUACUUGUCGUCGUAUUACACAACUAGAUGGAGCUGAAGGCGCACGUACAUUACCCAAGAAUUACGAGCUCGUGCGUGCAAGACAAGAGAUGGAGGCUCAGACUCAGACUCAUUUACGAAAAUUACAAUUAAUGUGGACACAUCAAGUGCAAGAAAAGGAACAAUUAGCACAAGAAGCUGAAGAACAUGCACGUACAGCUCAACGAGAGAGUGUAGAAGCAUCCCAGAAAGCACGAUUUCUUGCCAAACAAGUGGAAAUUAAUGAACAAGAAAAACGACGUGCACAAGAUUUAGCUGAAGAAGCUCGACAUCGUGCUUUAGUGGCGUCACAACAAGCUGAAGCAUUGCAAAUGGAGACUGAAAGUUUAAAAGAGCAAGUACAAAAAGAUGCAUUACAUCUUGCAAAGGUACAACUUGAUGCUACAAGUGCUGCUGCUGUAGCAAAAGAACUUUAUUCCAAAGCAGAAUUACUACAACAACAAGUUGAUUGUGUCCGAGCUCAAUUGUCUCUUCAUGCUGGACGACAUGAUCCUAGUAAAUUAGUUGUUUUAGUUUGUGAACCAACUAUUGUUGGAUCGUGGAUUUUACCAUAUACAAGAUAUGCAGUAAUUAGUAUUGCAAGCGAUACGACAAAAGCAGAACAAGCUAUUGAUCCAUAUCAAGCUGCAAAAGUAUGGACUGAAUUACGACAAGUGGAAGAACCAAGUUCAUCAGUGAAAGUAUAUCGUCGAUACAGUGAUUUUGUAUGGCUACAAUUGGAACUUGAGCGUCAUUUUCCUUUUGAACUUGUGCCAUGUGUACCAAAAAAACAAUUACUUUGGAAUAAAGAGAAAGAGUUUGUUGGAGAAAGAAUGCGUUUAUUACAAGCUUUUCUACGAAGUGUAUUACGUCAACCGUUGCUUGCUACGACAGAAGAAGUGCGUGCAUUUUUACUUUCAACUACAGAAGAACUCGAGAGUCUACGACGUGCAACUUCGAGUUAUUACAAUAGUAUUGGAGAUGACGAUAAUUUAUCGAUAGAUGAGGAAGUGAUAUCUAAUGAUGUUGAAACUCGGACAUUAUCUCCUCCAGGAAGUAAUCCACCGUCUUUAUCAAAAGAUUCGAUUGGAAAUCAUAAACGAAGUACCAAUUGGAGUGCAUGGGGUGCCAUGUCGGCCAUUACGUCGAGUGCUGCUAAAUUAGUCACCACAACUGGGACAGCUUUGACUGGUCUUGGUACGAAGACCGGUACACCAGGUCUACCAGAAGCUCCUGAAGUUGAAUUAUCACGUAGUUUCGCGGAGAUUGAAGGAACAGAUACAUUUAUGGAACGUCGACGCAAAUACAUUGAUGUAGCAAGAGCUUACGAGUCUAUUGGUCAAAAAGGAAGUCACGUAUCUCGAGUUUGUCGAUUGCAAUCACACCAUUUACAUCGAUUAUGUGAAUUAUUUCAGGAGAUGAAUCAAUUAGAUCAAGAUCAUGUUAAACGUCGUCGUCAACGACUUUUAGUAUCUCAAGAUUUUAUGAUACAAGAAGAUGGAGAUGAUGAUAUGGAAACGCGUGGAUUUGACGAACGAACUUCGGAUGUUUUUAGUGCCAUUUCACUUCAUACAAAGAAUGAUGCUGAUUGUAUGGAAUAUGCACUUUUAGAGAUUGUACGGAUGCAAACACUUGAGCUUGGAGGAAUUGAAGCAGCAUUUACUCGUGUACGACGUCGGGAAGAGGGACUAAUGCCACCGAAUUCAACGAGUGAUGGUGGACCUUCACUUUCGACUUUGACAUUAAAACGACAAGAAAUGGCGACAAUUCGACAUGAGUUGCAUGCAAAAGUUGCAACUUUGGACCCGUUACGAGCUCAUUUUGUCUUGCAAGUGUUGUGCCAAAAUACUAAAGAAAUUGCGAAAUUGGCCAAAACGAGACGCAAACUUUAUCAGGCGUCACAACAGCAAUUAAUUGGGUUGCAAUAA